AUGGCUAUCUAUGUUUUGGUUUUUCUCUUAAUUAUUUUGAGACCUUUAUGGAUGUUUUUCUCUAGUUACAUUCUCAUUCCAUGGCGUAUAAGGAGUAUAAUGGCUAAACAAAGAGUAUUCGGUCCUCCACCGAGGUGUUUCUCCGGUAAUAUCUUUGAUAUUGCCUCCCUUGUUUCCACCACCACUUCAUCAGACAUGGAAAUCAAUGAUCAUAACAUUGUUGGCCGUCUUCUUCCUCACUAUCUCCUUUGGUCUAAACAAUACGGUAAAAGAUUCAUCUUUUGGUAUGGAAAUGAGCCAAGGUUAUGCUUAACAGAGACAGACUUGAUCAAGGAGUUUCUCUCGUCGAAGAAUUCUCCGGCCACCGGAAAGUCAUGGUUACAAAGACAAGGGACCAAAGAUUUUAUAGGUAAAGGGAUUUUAAUGGCAAAUGGUCAAGAUUGGUUUCAUCAACGCCAUAUUGUUGCACCACAUUUUAUGGGGGACAAGCUCAAGGGAUUUUUUGAGUAUAUGGUGGAGUGUAGCAAGGAGACAAUGAAGGAGUUGCAUGGAGUGAUUGGAAGAGAAGAGAAGGAGGUGGAGAUCAGUGAAUACAUGACAAAGUUAACAGCUGAUAUAAUAGCAAGGACUGGGUUUGAUAACAGUUAUGACAUGGGGGAGAAGAUACUUCAUUUACUUGAACGUAUGAAGGAUCUCACUGCUGAAGCUAGUCGCCAUUUGUGGUUCCCUGGAAACAGGUUCUUUCCAAGCAAAUACCGAAAAGAAAUUGAAGAACUAAAAAAGAAGGUAGAGAAAGGCAUGAGGGAGAUCAUGGAGAUGAAGAAGACAGAUCAAAAUGAAAAGCCAAUUGAAAGUACCACUAGUUCAUCAUCAUCAUCAUCAUCAUCAUCAUCAUCACCAAGAAAACAACAAGGCCUUCUUCAAGUCUUAUUAUCAUAUGACUCUGAAAACAAGCAAAUCAACAACAAAAAUAGUUUCACUUACACUCAACAAUUGAUCAUGGAUGAAUGCAAGACCUUAUUCUUUGCAGGCCAUGACACUUCCUCUCUCUUACUUACUUGGACCAUCAUGCUUCUUGCUACUAAUCCUUCAUGGCAGGAGAGAGCUCGCAAUGAAGUUCUUCAAGUCUGUGACCAAUCUCCUCUUUCCAUUGAUCAUCUCUCCAAGUUCACCUUGCUUCAAUUGAUAAUAAAUGAAUCACUGAGGCUUUACCCACCUGCAACAUUGCUUCCAAGAAUGGUGUUUGAAGACAUGGAACUUGGAGGAAAUAAUAAGCUACACAUUCCAAAAGGUUUAUCAGUGUGGAUUCCAGUGUUGGCCAUUCAUCACAGCAAGGAGUUAUGGGGUGAAGAUGCAGAUGAGUUCAAGCCAGAAAGGUUUGCAGGAAAAUCAUUUGCUCAAACAAGGAACUUUUUGCCAUUUGCUUCAGGUCCUAGGAACUGUGUAGGCCAAGCAUUUGCCAUCAUGGAAGCCAAGAUCAUACUUGCAAUGCUGCUCUCUAACUUCAGCUUUAGGAUUUCUGAGAAUUAUAGGCAUGCUCCUGUUAAUGUUCUCACUUUGAAGCCAAAGUAUGGUGUUCCUGUUUAUUUAAAACCUCUUUAG